AUGAUACGUAUCAUGGAAGAAAAAAUUAUGUUAAUAUUAUUCAUUAAAAUUGUUGCGUUUAUCCUUUUAACUUGGAUAUGUUACUUUAACAUUGAUAUAAAAAUGUCUAACAAAUUCUUGAAUGAGAACUGUGGAUUUGAUAGAAAAUCAGAUACAAGAAAUUAUCGAUUACUAGCAAAAUAUAAGCAAGAUAGGAAUUCAAGUAAUUUAGUGUUAAAAGAUAAUACAACUAAUAAUGGAGAAUGCAAAAGUAUAAAUCUAUCUAAUAAUAGAAAAUGGGAUAAAAGAAAAAAAGAACAAUUUAAUAGAAGUUUAUUAAAUAAGUCCCAAUACUAUACAGAAAUUAUCGAUUAUGAUAAUGGAAUGUUUGAUGGAAAGCAUUUUCAUUUUCAAAAAAAAUGGAUCAGAAAAAAAGAUUAUGAUCAUUUUUUUGAAAAAAAAAGAAGAAUUGGAAAUAUAGCUUUAAAUAAAAUAAAAUUUAAAAAUUACGGAUUUGGAGUUGCUAUAUUGUUUAUUUUUUUUCUUUUAGGAAUAGGAUUACCUAUAUUACGUGGAUUCCAUUUAUCCUCGUUGAGUACACCUGCUCAAGGUAAUGGAGGCGAUAUAGAUACUGUAAUUUUAGGGUUUCUUAAAAAUACAUUAGGUUUACAAAAUGAAGCACAUGCUUAUAUAAUAUUAUAUGCAGUAACUUUUAUUAUGUUAGCGGUCUUAAUUAUAAUAGGGAUUUAUAAGAUCUUGAGAAAUAAUGAAAGAUAUCAAAAAAUUAAGUUGAUGAAUGAGGGAUAUGAAUAA